ACCAUCAAAUGAAUCUACCCACUUAUAGUUGAAGUGGAAUUUACGCAUCUGUGAAUUAUCUAAGAAGUGAAAUUAAAGCAUAAAAAUGGUUGACAAAUUCAUAGGGACAUGGCGAAUGCAGGCCAGCGAGAACUUCGAUGAAUACAUGAAGGCUUUGGGUGUAGGUUUUGCCACUCGUCAGGUGGGGAAUAUGGCCAAACCAAGCCUGACGUUCAGUGUAGAGGAUCAAGGAGUAAUUUGUAUGAAGUCUCAGAGCACAUUCAAAACCACUGAGUUCAAAUUCAAACUGAAUGAAGAAUGCGAUGAGAUUACCGCUGACGACAGAAAAACCAAGACCGUAGUAACCAUUGAAAACGGCAAACUUGUGCAGAAACAGUCCUGGGAUGGAAAAGAAACGACGCUAGAGAGAGAAGUUGUUGAUGGAAAAUUGAUAGCGAAAUGUACGAUGGGCAAAGUUGUGGCGACGAGAACGUACGUCAAGGAGGCUUGAUGCAGUUUGACCCUUGUGACGGCUGGAUUUGAAGACGCCCAGCUCAGUUCAAUGAGCAAAAGACUAAAAAUGGCUGCUUGUGUCUCACUUAUUUUGUAACACCAAAGCAAACCUGUGCCCUGUAUUUUGAGAUGAUUCCUUCAGUAUUAACAUCUUGUGGUGCUUUAAUAAAAAUUUAAAACCAUU